AUGGGCUGGACGCAAAUGGAAUGGCAUGAACAUCACAAACAAACAGGCCCGGUGGGAGUUCGUGCUUUAAGGCAUCUCUUUUGCUGCGGGCUCAAGAGACAAUCGGCCAGCUCAAAAAAUAAGGUUCUGAAUGAUGUUUCUGAAUGGUGGGAACGGCGGGAAUUUGAGAAUUUCAAAAGACAAGAGAAAUUGAUUAUUGCUCAGGAUUCGUUAUCUCAGGUUGAGUGGACAGCAGCUCAGAAUGAACAAUCAUGGAAGAAGAUGGUACAAAAGACUUUUCAAAAUCAAGAAUGUAUCUGGGAUUACUAUUAUAUAUAUGUGCAGCUUAUUGAUUAUGCAUAUUUGCAAGAAAUGUUUGAUGAAGGAAUGCAAAAACAUACAAAGACUACCACAAACACAAAAAAUUCUGGACCAAAAAAUGAUAGUGAAAAGUCCUCUUUUGAAUUCCCUUCCUCUUCUCCUGAGGAAAAUGAAGAAAUAGAUUUUGAUUUAGCAGCAUUGAAAAGGGAUUGUCUCGAGAACUGA